UCUGUAAUCUUACAGGUUCCGUCUUUGUGUUUCAUAUAAACACCAGGCUCUUUGAAAAGGAACAUUCUGAUCUCCGUUGGUGUUUAACAAUUUCAAGUUAAAUACUCUGUAGCCAAGGAAAAUACCAGUUGGUAUUGUCUGCUGAGAACACUGCUGUCCUUGAUAUAUCUCAUCUGUCUUUUGUGAAACAGUACGCAUUGAAAUCUUCUUGUUUCUUCUCAGCUGGAAUGCUGGCAGUGUAGGCAGAUGUGUGGAGAACACUUGCGUGGCUCCCUCGAAAGAUACUUCGCACUCAACAAAUAAGAUCAUUGUUCUCAAAACCUCUAGCCCGUAGAGUGUGGCAACAUUGGGCUCAGUGUUUACAAUAAGUGGAGAUGAGGACUCAAAAGAGACUGGGCUGUCUGAAGCUCCAGCUUUCCAACAAAAGGAAAGAAACACACUUUUUGCCCGUUUGCUUUGAGUUUUUCUUGUCAUGUGUGCAGAACGGGCAUGCUCGUGUUGCUUAUUAUGCGGUGAACUAAAAAUAAAGGAUUGUAUUCAAUGAGGACCAAGGCUGUAAACGGCAGUCGUGACAGGACAAGAAAAGAAAAGUUAAAGAAGGAUAAACUAAGGAGAGGUUCUGAUGCUGAGCAGGAUUCCGCAGCCAAACUCGCUCAAGAACGAGCCGACAUAGUUGCCAAGUAUGACAAAGGACGAGAAGGUGCCCAGAUUGAGCCUUGGGAAGACGCCGACUACCUUCUUUACAAAGUUACUGACAGAUUUGGUUUCUUGCACCAAGAAGAGUUACCUGUCCAUGAUGCAGCAUCAGAGAGGCAAAAGCAGCUGGAAAUUGAAAGAACUACAAAAUGGCUGAAGAUGUUGAAGAGCUGGGAAAAGUAUAAGAACACGGAAAAGUUUCAUAGGAGAAUCUAUAAAGGAAUUCCAUUACAACUAAGAGGUGAAGUUUGGUCUUUGCUGCUUGAUGUCCCCAAAAUGAAAGAAGAAAUGAAAGACUAUUAUAACACUUUAAAAAUCAAAGCAAGAGGGACCUCCCCAGACAUCAGACAGAUUGAUCUUGAUGUGAAUCGGACAUACCGUAAUCAUAUCAUGUUCAGAGACCGAUACGGAGUUAAGCAACAAUCUUUAUUCCAUGUUUUGGCUGCAUAUUCUGUAUAUAACACGGAGGUUGGAUAUUGUCAGGGAAUGAGUCACAUCACAGCUUUACUCCUCAUGUAUAUGAAUGAAGAAGAUGCUUUCUGGGCUCUGGUGAAACUGUUGUCGGGCCCCAAACAUGCUAUGCACGGGUUUUUUAUUCCUGGUUUCCCCAAGCUGUUGAGGUUUCAAGAGCAUCACGACAAAAUAAUGAAGAAAUUUUUGUCUAAACUUAAGCAGCAUUUUGAUGCCCAGGAGAUCAGCACUAGCUUUUACACAAUGAAGUGGUUUUUCCAGUGUUUCCUUGACCGUACGCCCUUCACGUUAACCCUCAGGAUCUGGGACGUCUAUAUACUUGAAGGAGAACGGGUUCUCACUGCAAUGUCUUACACCGUUUUGAAACUGCACAGAAAACACCUGAUGAAAUUGCAAAUGGAGGAGCUUAUACAAUUUCUUCAGGAAACUCUUGCCAAAGAUUUCUUUUUUGAAGAUGACUUUGUGAUAGAGCAGCUCCAAAGCUCCAUGGCGGAGCUGAAGCGAGCCAAGUUGGAUCUGCCGGCCGCAGGUAAAGAUGAUGAGCUUCCAAAGAAGUUGGAGAAAAUCCAGCCUGAAACUCAACCUGCCAUGAUGAAUCUUACUCAUCUUGUCAAUGGACAGAGUAGCACUAGCACAGCGAGCAGUGCCCGGAACAGCCAGAGGGCAGGGCACAGAGCGCCCGCAGAGAGAGUGCAAGAAAACUCCCUGAAAACAAUUGCAGAGAGAGACCCAGAAAGCUCGCCAAGUCACCGAAGAAGGAAAAAUCCCCUGGAAAAGAGGCCUUCUUUGAGACAACAGAAGCCGGUAACAGCCAAUGUGAGGAGUGGAGUGCCUGAGCAUGAAGCAGAGAGUCAUAGAAAAAAGCCCGAGGUUCAAGGAGAGGCUGCCGACUCCAAGCAAAACAGCAACGCAGCUGCCAACCAAAAUUCCAACGCGACUUUAAACAUGGGCAAGGAAUUUGUACCGAGAUGGAUAAAGCCUUCUGAAAUUAAAAUUAUAGAAAAGACUGCAAAACUCACCAUGGAGAUCAAGAGUCGUUCUGCGAACCAUGCCGGUUCAGGAACGCCUCCGAGUCCUGGUGGCGAGUCGCAGUCAUUCGGCGUGAAGCACAAGAUGAGGGUUUGGGAUGUCGAAGAGGGUAAGCGAAGCUCGAACGCGUCACAGUACGACAACGUUCCUGGUGCUGACCUAGAGCACGACAACGUGGCGGAUGAAGCAGUUGGAGGGGAGCUCUUGCAGAGCCCAAAACACACCGCUUUCUCUAGCAGUUCGGCCAAGUUGGCAGAGAAAACGUCUAGUCCACCAAAAACACCUAACAGUUUUGCCUUGAGCUCACAACCAAGGCUCCCGAGAUACUCCUCCCAAUCUGAUGGGCCUGAUGUUGGACCUCAUAUUAAACCACCCCCUCCAUCUUACAGUAACCCACCUGUUUACCAUGGAAAUUCUCCAAGGCAUGUCACCAGUGUAAUUCAUUCCAGCGUCAUACCCACGCAGUACACUCAUGGGAAUUGGACCAACGCUCCGGGUCGACCAUACUUCUCUGAGCUUCCGUCAGAGCUGUCGGCUGAUAAAACCCUUAGAAAUUAUUCUGUUAACCACCAUAAUCCUGUUGUGAAACCUUCAAAUCGAAUAGAGGUUGUUCCCGUUGACACAUACACAAGCCACCUUAAAUCACCCAUAGGUCUUAGCUUUGAAAUUCCACCAGCAGAUUAUUUACCGGACAACAGAAAGAGACCAGAUCUUGCUUAUAUGUACAGGCAGGAGGCUUUAGGGCAAACCUGGAGCCAAGACAGUAGUCGAAGCCACUUGGCUAACAUGAAGAAAUACCCACCUUUUCAGUCAAUGCCUGUAAACGACCAUAAUCUCCCCGCUGUUCCCAUGGAUAGUCCUAUAAGAUACAGGACUCCCCCAACCCAAGAAUUUGGCUCGCCGUACUAUAAAUAUCCAAGUUCCCCCGGCCCUACCCACCACUACAGACACCAAACUGAGGGGUUGUCCAUGCAUGAGUCAGUUCUGCUGUGAGAAACAACGCACGCUCAGCUGAAAGGCGAGGAGAGGACUCUGCAAGAUUCAUCGGUCAUGGGUUGGUAGUUAUCCAAGAUGGCCAGUCUGGAAGAGUUCAGAUAACACUAUUCUACAGCUGCAGUUAAAUGUUGACAAAAACUGAAACUGAGUACUGAGGAUAUCAGAAAAGAUUCUAUUCUCAUAAGUAUAGCAAUAGCUUUAUACAUUCAGAAUGUGACGACCAUGCCAGUUCUUUCUUAGCUGGGAAACAACCUUGCCUGAAGUUUGUAAGCUGGUUGUUGACUCAACACUACAAUUUACAGUGUGUUCAGUUGUGGAAAGAGAAUGAUACGAGUCUAAAAUGGAAGCAUUUAUGUUCCUGGAAUGUAUCCACAAAGUACUUCUUUAUUUUAACUUAAUUUAAUUUUUAACUUAAUUUAUAAAUCAUCUAUUAGUUUGGGCUGGCUAGGGAAGGGGUUUCUCGACAUUCUCAUCGACACUGCCUCUCAUUAACCUGGGAAUAAGCAGUCCAGGUUAUCCAAUGCAAACUUUAUAGAGAAAUUUUAAUUGCCUUUUGUUCAGCCAGGAAGGAGAAGAUUUGGUAUCCAGAGCAGAGGCACUCUGAUACAGCCAAUAAAUGGUGCUUUUAAAAGUAGGACUCUUUGUGAAUUGUAGCAUGCAUCUAGGGUGUCAAGAGUAUUUGAGCCCCGAUCCACAGGCACACAUCCAAAGACAGUUCUGCUGUAUAACAGUCUUCAUUUCUAAGUCCCAUUUCUUUGUGUUUUGUUUGGUGGAGGGAGGGGGUUCGAUGUUUUAUCGAGUGCAGAAUGUGCAUUUUUAUCGCAGAACAGUGCUAGAAUGUCUUGAUCAUCAUUGAUUACAGCAGUGCUAAUAUAUCUGAUCAUUGAUGGUUACAGAUGGCCUGUGUAGAUGCGGAAGCUGUGUGUACAGUCAAGUUCCCAGUUCUGUCCACCCCUUCUUUUCAUAGAUUGGGGAUCCGUUUUUGUGUCCUGCUGUAUGCAUGUCAAGCCCAACACCCUUUAGUCCAAACCACACAAUCUGGACACCUCAGUUCUUGUGGUAUGUUCAGCACACCGUUGAGAUGGAUUUGGACCCUACACGUAUAUGAGAAACCAAUAUGGGAGUGGCUGGUGGAGGUGAUCUGGGCAUACUUUGGGCUCAGCUGGGGCAAUGCAGUCCCAUUCCUGUAGGAAAUUUACAUUUUGAACAUCCACAAAGGGCUGCAUACAACCCAUUACGUAAACUGCCCUUGAUAGCAGUAGGGUCAUACAAUGCCUUUUUGUAAAUACACGAAAGACUUAACACCGACAGUAUGCAGCUGAAAGUUAAAACAUGGAUUUUAAUUGUUAUCCUCAUAGAGAUUUCUCAACCUUCUAUCUUUCUCAGUUCUGACAAAAGAAAGUUGAAGUUCUUUGAAAUAUAUUGCUCAUUUCUCUAGUAAGACUUCUGUGCUUUCGCAACAAAUUCUGGGAAAUGAAUAUCAUCUCCUCUUUCUUGCAUGCACCAUUGGUGUUAUCUUUGUGUCUUAUAUUAGGGCCGCCCUUCGAACCGUUAGGUUCAGCAUUGUUCCACAGACAUCAUGGACAUGAUAAAUCAAGAUUGAGUAUGACCUGUUAAGGUCCUAUUAAUUUUACCGACAUUUGCUGGGGAGGAAUGGACUGUCUGUCCUAAUAUAUGAUUCACUAUGUCCAAGAGAUGAACCAUCUACUGUGUCUUAGCAAUCAUUGUAACAAAUUGGAGAAAACAGCAAAUUCGGCAGCUAUGGAACCCUGAGACAUGCACAGAGUAUGAAGGGGUGAUUUUGUUCCAACUACGUCUUCCAGAGUUCAACUAUUGAGCAUGGCCCAGGGCCGCUCUGACUGGGGAAAUCGGGUCAGAGCGAGUUUUAUAAACAGUGGUAGUAACUUUCUGAAGUUCUAGGUAAGCUUUCGCGCUGAGAUCAUCCAUGCCGAUAUCACAACCGCCAUGCCCUCUUGAGAAGGCAAAUGUGGAGAUCAUUGCAAAAGCUUUUAUUUCGGGAGGCAUCCGUAGUUCAUCUCCCGGCAGAUUUUUACGGCAAUCUAUAUUUCAGCAGUUUCUAUUCCAUUGUUUCCUAACCUUGUUUAUCAAACACCUUCCCUUCCCUUUCCUUGUGUGCUUCCUCCUCUGUUCCCGUAAUAUGCUUGAAGGUCUUGUUUUUUUCUUGAGAGCAAUAGGCAGUCAUGCCUUGAUUGGCUAGUGCUGCUAUACCGCUAGGCCCUUAAGAGAUGAUUGUAGGUAUAAAGUCUAAUGCUCAAGUGCUCCCUCAUUGUAGAGAGGAAGACAGCAAAUUUAUUGCUCUAUAAUCAGUGCCUGCAACCUUUGGAUGUUUGCUUUUUCUUUUUCUUUUUUUUUCUUUUUGGUAGAGCAAGGACAGCCAGAAAUGAGAACAUCACAAAAAUACCUGAAAAGGUUCUCAAACCCAUUUUUGCGGGGAGAGGACAAUAAGUGAAAGUGGCCGUCUCCUUUGGCCCAUGAGCCCUUUUUAAAAUUAAAGCAUGGGGGGACAGCAAAAUUGGGUUAGGACAGUAGUGCAGGGAAGAGCAUUUCAGCUUUUCCACCAGGCUGGUUUCCGUGACUGAAACCGUCCCCAUGAAGCCGGUGUAAUGCUAGCAGCAGGAAUUCGCCGAUACCUGCAUUAUCUCUCUCUCCUUUUGCCCCAGUAAGACUAAACUGUAAGAUAGUUUUGAGUAAAGGCCCUUAAGGAAAAGAGAUAAAAUUACUCACCCACCCCAGAAAUCCAACUGGAUCCAAUUGACAUGCUCUGUUUUGUUUUUGAUUUUUAAUUCAGGAAAUGUGCUCAUACUUGCCAUGUCUGUUUCGGUCAUCCUUUGGAGCAAAUUGGCCAGGGGUUGUGGUCUAGUAGCAUCUUUGUGCAGACUAGCCUGUAGUAUUUCCUAAUCCAGCUUUCUCUUCUUUCUUCUCUCAACUAUGGGGCAUUGGCACACCUCAUACUGAUACUAUCCCAUACAAGGGUGAUGAGCCCUGGGGAAGGCAUAUAUCCAAUUCAGCAAAUGCACAGCGUUGUUAUUUUUGGAUUCUUCUUCUUCUGAUCCCUCAGUGGCAGAUGCAGGAAACCCACUGUGUGUGCAUAGAUCAGAGCACCAUUAUUAUUUUUCUCACGGUCACUUAAGCUGGGCUGAAGGUCUAAAACCGAGAGCCUUAGUCAUCAUCAUGACUACAUCCAAUCCGUUGAGUCAGUUGCUGAGCGAUAGGUCAACAGUGGUGUAAACUGCUUUGAUGCAACACGCCUGCUGUGGUUGGAAUUGCCAAAGGGAUUCAGGUCAAGGAGUCUAGGCAAUGGGUGGUCCACCUGAAGUUAAAAAUAUGGGAUGGAGGCAGAAAGAGAGAGCAUUUGUUCUUUUUCAAUCAAAUACUCUUAAGCUCCAGGUUGUAAACGAGACUGGCCUUCCAUUAGGCAGUCCCUUUAAUUUAUGGUUUUUCUGCAAAAUGAUGCAACCAACGGCACUGACGGUGAAAAGUGCAAAAUAAUUGCCCCCUUCUGAGACAUGUUUGCACAAAUUGUGAUCCAGAAAGCUGAUCGGAUUUUGCCUAGGGGCUGGUCAGGUUUCCCUGAUCUGGUCAGCCGAGGCAAACAGGAAAACGGGAGCUUUUUUUGGGGGGGGAGCACUUUCUGGGCUACAGCCGUAUGGGUGGGUUGGUUCUGUUGAAAAUCAAAGGUCACCCAAGGCUGCCCCAAAACCAUGGGCUUCUCAUACCUCUGCUUGCUGCAGGCUGGCCCUGUUCAUCUUUUAUGGUACCUAUGUUCAGCCUUCUCUGACUCAGUGCCCUCGAAAUGGGUUGGGACUGCAAAACGGAGGUAAACCUAUUGAGAGCUGUAGUGCAGGUAGGGGAAAGCCUUUUUUUUUUUCUUGUUCAAAGAAAGAAGCGCUAUUUAGCUAACGUGGUGGACCUUUUGUAUAUAGACUGGAUCAGAUGUAAUUUUUGAAAAAUUAACUUUGUGACUGACUCUUUUUUUUAACCCACCAAACACAGUGGAGUAACAGCUUGGCAUGGCACUGAGAAGAAAGUUACACUCUGUGUGUGUGUGCGUGUGCGUGUGC